CUCACACUUCCUGGUUUAGACGAGCAGGGUGGGACAGCGGAAGUAGAGAAGCAGCUUUGGCUCCCUGUCUGUAAGAUUCAUCUUGGUUUGUCAGCUAGCAAGUCCCUCAUCAUGCCGGCCUACCAUUCCACUCUACAGGAAUCUGACACCAAGUUAGUCGGUAAUAUGGCAAUGCUGCCAAUUAGAACCCAGUUCAAAGGACCAGCCCCCAGAGAAACAAAAGACGUGGAUAUUAUUGAAGAAGCUAUUUAUUAUUUCAAGGCUAAUGUUUUCUUCAAAAAUUAUGAAAUCAAGAAUGAAGCUGACCGCACAUUAAUAUACAUCACUCUUUACAUAUCUGAGUGUCUGAAGAAGCUGCAGAAGUGCAAUUCAAAAGGACAGGGGGAGAAGGAAAUGUACACAUUAGGAAUUACAAAUUUCCCAAUCCCUGGAGAACCUGGAUUCCCCCUUAAUGCCAUGUAUUUGAAACCUUCUAGCAAACAGGAAGAUGAGAUGAUGAGAGGCUACUUACAGCAACUGCGGCAGGAAACUGGUCUGAGGCUUUGUGAGAAGGUGUUCGACCCUCAAACUGACAAGCCAAGCAAGUGGUGGACGUGUUUUGUGAAAAAGCAAUUUAUGAACAAAUCUCUCUCUGCACCGGGCCAGUAAACUGGGGAUCAGAAUGUAAGAAGAGACCAGUUCUUUAGUACAUCGCAGCAAGUUUUGCAAAGUUUCAAAGAAUAUUUUUUACUGUUGUUAUGUGAAUGACCAUUUGCAAAUAUAAAAAAGUUCCAAUUGAAUGUUAAUCGGGUGCAUAAUGAAGGCAACGGGGGGAAAUAAACCUUGCUUAAUCACAGAGCUUGUUUUGUGGACUUGGGCAGGAAGUUAUGCACAGGUCAUUGGUAUAAGGUGUCUACCGAUAGGGAAGCAGUAUACAAGAACUGUAACUCCACUGGCUUGGGGGAGCUCCUAACAUACGCAGCCUUCUCUUGUGUGCUAAUAAAAACGGUAUAUGUUUAACAUAAAA